UUCGUCUUAGUCAAAUGUUGUUCCAAUCUGAACCACAAUUUACGUUCGGAACUUGAAUAUUCAUUUGUUGGUUUUUCUUUUGUAACCCAAAAUAUUGUCUUUGAGGACACGGGAUUAAUUAUCCUCCUGGAACUUGAAGUCACUUAAAACAUUAAGAAUAAUAUAUUGAUCCACGUUGUUUGCGCUUCAACACAUUAACCAUGAUGAUUUCUCCAUUGCCAUUUGCCUGCUUCCUUCUACUUGUAGUACUGAUCAUCAGCCCGGAUGUUUGUUACUCCAAUCCUUUGGCUAUUUAUUGCCCAAACACAACAUUAUACAACAACAAUACAUCUUAUGGCAGGACUUUCAGAAACAACCUGGAUUCCCUCCUUUCUGUUUUAGUUUCAAAUGCUUCUCGACCUAAUGGAUUCCAGUAUUACUCCGCCGGAACGGGCGAAACAACCGCCUACGGCCUGUUUCUCUGCCGGGGCGACGUUAAUGCCAGUGAUUGUCAAACUUGCUUGACAGACGCGCGGCCCGAAGUUUUAAGCGGGUGCCCGAACCGUAACCAGGUGGUUGCCUGGUACGACUACUGCAUGUUGCGGUAUUCGAAUCAAUCUUUCUACUCCAAAAAGGAUUCAGGCAUCAUCUGGUCUCUAUUUAACACGCAGAAUGUGACGGACCCGGAUUCGUUGAACCGGAUUCUAGGGGACUUGUUUGAUAGUAUAGCCACCAGGGCUGCAAAUGGUGAUUCCUCCGGAAAGAAAUUUGCUGUUCAAGACGCUAACUUUACGACGUUCCAGAGGAGGGUAUAUGCUUUAGGACAAUGCACUCCAGAUCUUUCCACUUUGGACUGCCAAGGUUGUCUUGCAGAUGCUAUCUCUAAGCUCCCCAAUUGCUGUAGCGGUCGCCAGGGUGGCAGAGUUCUUUUCCCCAGCUGUAAUAUUAGGUACGAGACGUAUCCCUUUUAUUACCAGCUUCCACCUCCUCCUCCUCCUCCGCCAUCAGUGCAGCCGCCAACACCCCCUCGUCCUCCUCCUCCUCCUCUGGUACCUGCAACUGCAACUAGUAAAGAUAAUGGGGGAAUCUCAGUCCGAACAAUUGUACUCAUUAUCGUCCCAAUCGUUGCUGCCAUUGUUGUUGCAUCUGCAGCUUUGUUCUGCAUUGUAAGGAAGGCCAAACCGACACAAAAUGUCAUACCCAAAAUGUCAGAUGUAAGCAGUAUCAAAGCUGAUGCAGAAUCCUUGAAAUAUAAUCUUGUCCAAGUUCAAGCUUGUACAAACAACUUUGGUGAUGAAAACAUGAUCGGUGAAGGUGGAUUUGGAUCUGUGUUUAAGGGCACACUACCAAAUGGGCAAAUGGUCGCCGUAAAGAGAUUAUCAAAAAACUCAACUCAAGGUACAGAAGAGUUUAUUAACGAAAUUGUUGUGGUUGCGAAACUUCAACAUCGGAAUUUGGUUCGACUGCUCGGAUACUGCUUGGAAGGAGAAGAAAAACUACUCAUUUUUGAGUAUGUUCCGAACAAAAGCCUCGAUCACUUCCUAUUUGGUAAGUCCUCAAUCAUCAACUUGUACUUCAAGGGAAACUUUAGAGACUUCACAAAACUAGGGGAAAAAAAUUGUAAAAGAAAGAAAUGUUUCGUAUAUAUUUUGAAAAUAGUACCUCAACUUUAUGACCUAAUUUAUUUGACGACUCAAUUUUAAAAAUUAGUUUAAUCAGCAUAAUUAUUUAUAACUUCAUGAAUUAGGAAAAAGUGAGUAGUCUUGCCCGAGUCUCACGUAAAGCUCAUGCCUGUUUGAUAAAGCCACUUAAUUCGUAAACUUACUAGAUUAAGCAUUUUUUUUUUCAUUUCAGCAUGUUUAAUGACAAAAAAAUGAACCUCUUAAUAAAUUAAGUGAUGUUAAAACUCCAGUACAAAAUAUAAGUAAUAAAAGUUAACUUAUUGCUUAUUACGUAACUGAUUAAUGAAUUCAGUAUUUCUAAUUCUGUAUUAAAUAUUCAGAAUUAAACAUUAAUUUUUAUCAAACAGGUAAUAACUCCAAGUCCAUAUAGUUUUGAGGGUAAAUAAAUGAUCCAGAGACUUAUAUGGUUAAUUUUAAAAAAAAUUCUCUAAAAUUUUUGUGGAAAUCUACUUGUGACUUUAGCUACAUAGGUAAUGUAAAAUAGUUAUCCAAUUCAACUCAACUAAUAAGAUAAGUGAAAUUUGAUAAGAGAAAAAAUUUCAAGAUGGUGGACUAAAUCCACUUACUCCUUAAAGUAAGGUGCGUUUUGGGUAUUGCACUACGAGUUAGAAAUUCUUUGUUUUUAAGUUUGGCCUUUCGAGUUUUCACCUUAAUUGUUACCACUACUACAAAAAGAUCAUGUAAGGACGCUCAAAAGUGUCCCGAUAUGUAGCUUAUUGGGACGUAUCAGCUAUUGGGACACAUGCAAAAGUGUCAUCCAGCUCAAUGUCAUAAUAGGUCUAUGGGACGCAAUGAAGUGUCCCGUUUGGUUGAAGCGUCCCGUUAAAUGUUUCCGAUUGAGACACUCUUAAGUGUCCAAAUAAAAUUUUCCAAUUGAAACACUUUUAAGUGUCCAAAUAAAUGUUUCCAAUUGAGACACUUUUAAGUGUCCAAACUAGUUCUUUUUUGUACGGAUGUUUCAAUGUGUCCUAAUAGCAUCUUCGAAAAAAAUGAAAAAAAUAAAAAACAAUAAAGAAAAAUUCUAAUAUAAUUAUUGAACAAUCUUCCAUUACAUCUCAAUUGACAAUAAAAAAAAAUCUCAUGGCCAACAAAAAGAUACACAAAAUCUCAUGGCCAACAAAAAGAUACAUAAAUCUCAUCAUUUGAGAAUGCAUACACUUAUCUAAAGAACCAAAAAAAGACGCUAAAUCAUCAAAACCUUCAAGUAGAUGAGCUCAAUCGUCAAAACCUUCAGAUGGAUGAAAAGUAGCAGCCAGCCAACAUCAUUACCCAUAAAUCACAGAACUCUUAAGUGAUAAAAAUGGGCAGCCAACCAACACCAAGACUCAUCGUUAAGAAUCAUCAUUAUCACUUAAAUUUCAACACUAACAACACUUACUAAACAUUGGAAAGAACUCAGAAAGCUAUUACUUUGUCACACUUGGAAACAACUUAAUGCAUGACAACAGCGAAAGAAAAAUAAGAGACCAAGUUCCACAAGAGCAUACCUUUUUCUAAGGUAGACACCAAGUAUUAAGGUAGUUUAUCCAAGCUGAAUUGAGAGCUGGCAGAACCCACAUUAAACCACCAAAAGUAUUGACAGUGACAAGAAUCAAAGUUAGGAAAAAAAGAAAAAGGUUCACCUCAAUUAGCCACAAUCUUAUGGGGUGAGUAGGGGGAAGGUCAGCCAUGGAUUUCCUUCCGAAAAUAGAGAAGCAGCAACUGGAGUUAAAAAUUAAAGGGUUUCACAAUCUUUUUUUCACAGAACUAGACAGAAAAUUUUUGUGGCAUCACAAUUAUAAAUUUUCCAUCAAAGUUUUAUCUUUAAAGGAACCAAGCAAAAGUUCUUUAUGAUUUCCAAAUCUAGAGCAAUCGCAUAAUGUAAGCACAAGUUGAAACAUCACAUUCCAUACAACAAAUAACGUAACUUAGAAUUUUAAAUGCAACCGAACUCUCCAAUUUUUGUAUGCCAUAAACACAUUGAAGUCGGACAUAUCAGCCUGACUGUCAACAAUAGAAAGCGAAAAUCAACUAAUAAGAUCUACCUGGGCUUAUAGUACUGUCAAAAGCCUCACGAUUUCCUUCGAAAUUGAAGAAGCAACAACCCGGGUCAGAGGUUGAAAGAUUUCAAGGCCCUUGUAAUUGAACUGGACAUCAAAGGAUUGCAAUCUAUCAACUCAUGCACAGAGUCCCAACUAGAAAAAAGUUAACCAAAGUAAGAGAUGAUGCUACUUAGUAUCAAAAGAAAGAAUUCACUACAGCUGCUAUAAAAAUAGGUAAUGUCUGUCUUAGUAUCAAAAGAAAGAAUUCACCACA